UUGGCUGAAGGAUGAGUUGAUGGAGUAACAGGCGAUGAAGAUGAUGAUGAGUUGGACGUGGAAGAUGAUGACGAUGAAGAUGAAAAUGAUGAACGAAUGGUCAACGUGAAAUCUAAAUCUCGAUGUAAACCAAAACAUGAUGAUCCUUAUUAUAGUGGAUUAAGAGCUAAGAUAACUCAACCUUCUCGAUUUGAUAAGAACUAUUUCAAUUAUCACAGUCGCCAUCAUUAUCAUCAUCACAGAGAUACAUUGGUUGGUUAUCCUCGUUAUGGUUCAUCAUCUCGAUCAAAACAUUUCCGUAGUAUGAUGAAAAAAUCACAAUCAACAAGUUACCUUGAUUCGUUUGUGGCAAUGGGACCAUUAUAUUCAGUUUCAAGUGAUUACUCGCUUGGUGAAUACAAUUCAUCAACUGGUUAUUGA